CAGGCAGGCCGAGCGGCCGGGCGAGGGGGCGGCAGCGGCCCCAGCAGGAGCGGCGGCGCAGUCCCGCAUCGUCCGGCCGGGGGAGGAGGAGGAGGCGCGCGGGGCCGGCCGGAGCCCGUCCGGACGAGCCUGGCCGAGCAUGGAGCGGAGUUACCUGUUGGCCGUCGCCGUCCUGCCGCUCCUGCUGCCCGCCGGGCCCCCUCUGCCGGGCUUCAGCUCGGCCCUGGCCGCGGCGUCCUCCUCUUCGGCGUCCUCCUCCGGAGCGGCAGCGGCAGCAGCGGCGGCCGCCGCGUCCUCUUCCUCCUCCUCGUCGUCGUCUUCUUCCUCCUCGUCGUCGUCGGCCAAGGAGCUGUCGUGCCAGGAGAUCACGGUGCCGCUGUGCAAAGGCAUCGGCUACAACUACACGCACAUGCCCAACCAGUUCAACCACGACACGCAGGACGAGGCCGGCCUGGAGGUGCACCAGUUCUGGCCGCUGGUGGAGAUCCAGUGCUCGGCCGACCUGCGCUUCUUCCUGUGCAGCAUGUACACGCCCAUCUGCCUGGAGGACUACAAGAAGCCGCUGCCGCCCUGCCGCAGCGUGUGCGAGCGGGCCAAGGCCGGCUGCGCGCCGCUCAUGCGCCAGUACGGCUUCGCCUGGCCCGACCGCAUGCGCUGCGACCGCCUGCCCGAGCAAGGCAGCCCGGACACGCUCUGCAUGGACUACAACCGCACCGAGCUCACCACCGCCGCGCCCCCGCCGCCGCCCCCCCAGCCCAAGCCGCCCCACCGCAAGCCCGGGGCCGGGGGCGCGCCCAAGACCCCCGGCGUCGUCGCCGUGGCCCCGCCGGUGCCCGCCGAGCCGCCCCUCCGCAAGCCUCGCCCGCCGGCCCCCUGCGAGCCGGGCUGCCAGUGCCGGGCGCCCAUGGUCUCGGUCUCCAGCGAGCGCCACCCGCUCUACAACCGGGUCAAGACGGGCCAGAUCGCCAACUGCGCCCUGCCCUGCCACAACCCCUACUUCAGCCCGGACGAGCGCGCCUUCACCGCCUUCUGGAUCGGCCUGUGGUCCAUCUUGUGCUUCAUCUCCACUUUUGCCACCGUCUCCACCUUCCUCAUCGACAUGGAGCGCUUCAAGUACCCGGAGCGGCCCAUCAUCUUCCUGGCUGCCUGCUACCUCUUCGUCUCGCUGGGCUACUUGGUGCGCCUGGUGGCCGGCCACGAAAAAGUGGCCUGCAGUGGCGGGGCGGCGGCGGCCGGAGCGGGGCCGGCAGUCCCUGCAGGGGGCGCUGCAGGGGCGGCGGCGGCUGCCGUUGGGGGGCGUGGGGCUGCAGGGGGUGCUGCUGAGCUGCAGCCCGAGUUGGCAGUGGCGGAACACGUGCGCUAUGAGAGUACAGGCCCCGCCCUCUGCACUGUGGUCUUCCUGUUGGUGUACUUCUUUGGCAUGGCCAGCUCCAUCUGGUGGGUCAUCCUGUCCCUCACUUGGUUCCUGGCCGCUGGCAUGAAGUGGGGCAACGAGGCGAUCGCGGGCUACGCGCAGUACUUCCACCUCGCGGCCUGGCUGCUGCCCAGCGUCAAAUCCAUCGCCGUGCUGGCCCUCAGCUCUGUGGACGGGGACCCCGUGGCGGGCAUCUGCUACGUGGGCAACCAGAGCCUGGAGAACUUGCGCGGCUUCGUGCUCGCCCCCUUGCUCAUCUACUUGGCCAUCGGCUCCAUGUUCCUGCUGGCUGGGUUCGUGUCGCUGUUCCGCAUCCGGAGCGUCAUCAAGCAGCAAGGGGGCCCGACCAAGACGCACAAGCUGGAGAAGCUCAUGAUCCGGCUGGGCCUUUUCACGGUGCUCUACACGGUGCCCGCCGCCAGCGUGGUCGCUUGCCUCUUCUACGAACAGCACAACCGCCCCCGCUGGGAGGCCACGCACAACUGCCCCUGCCUCCGGGACCAGCAGCCCGACCAGGCCCGCCGCCCGGACUAUGCGGUCUUCAUGCUCAAGUACUUCAUGUGCCUGGUGGUAGGCAUCACUUCUGGAGUGUGGGUCUGGUCAGGGAAGACUCUCGAGUCCUGGAAGGCCCUCUGCACCCGCUGCUGCUGGGCCAGCAAAGAGACUGCAGCUGCUGCGGCCGGGAGCCUGGGGGCCGUUGCGGGAGGAGGAGGAGGGGGCAUGGUGACCGCAGCCACCAUGGGGGGACUGGGCGGCGGAGGGGGUUCCAUGUACAGUGACGUCAGCACGGGCUUAACGUGGAGGUCGGGCACUGCCAGCUCUGUUUCCUACCCCAAACAGAUGCCGUUGUCCCAGGUGUAAAGAGGGAAGGCAUGAGGGCAAGGGGAAGGGAUGCAGCUAACUGGACUGCCCCUCCCCCUUCACUAAUGAACUUCCUAAUGGCCUCCUCGUGUGCAGAACAAAGGGGCUGCUGGAGGCCCCAAAUGCCAGCUCCUAGCCUUUUGGGGCUGUGUGCAGGGACAGCCGCAUUCUUCGAGGCACCAGUUUACUGUGUAGAGGGAGUUGGAAAUCUUUCCUGAUGAGAACUUUCUCAGCCUUUCUUUGGACUGGCUGGAGACACCCUCUCCCCUGUGUGCACGUGCGCACGCCCACCCCCAUUCUGAACUGGGGCUUCUCUGCGUGCUCUUUCCCCUUUCUUCAGGAUCAGCUGACUGAGAGGACUCCAGGGGGUGGGGUAGAGUUUUUAAAUUUUUGCAAAAACUGGCAGAUGCCUUAAACACAAUCAAAACCUAUGUCUUAAUUAUAUACCCCAAAUAAAUACGGGUUUCUUGCAUUAAAGGAUGUAUUUAUAUAAUUAUUUGGUACCUUGUACAAAAACUGUAAAAUAUGUACAUAUCCAAAUGCUUUACAGUCUGUACAUUUUUUUGUAAAAAAAAAAAGUUUAGAGGCUUACCCCCCCUCCCAUCACAUGCACAAACCCCCUCUCUCCCGAGAGCAAAUAUUUGAAUAUUUUAUUUUGUCAAUAAAAUAAUGAUAAAUGCUUA